UUUCAUUUCGACCCUUCUUUGCUCGGAGUUUGUCGGAUAUCAACUGCUAGUAAUUUGGGCAAGCCAUGGCUGGAUACUUGAAGGUCCUCAGCUCUCUAUCUAGGUCGGCGGCCACUUUCUCCAAAAACCCCGCGGUACUCGCGCCAGCUGCAACCUGCCAGAGUUUGCAACAGAGGAACUAUGGGGACAAGCGCAUCAAGGUGUCCCAGCCUGUGGUGGAGAUGGAUGGAGAUGAGAUGACCAGGAUCAUCUGGGAGUUCAUCAAAGAGAAGCUCAUCCUCUCCAAUGUGGAUGUGGAGCUGAAGUACUACGACCUGGGUCUGCCAUACCGUGACCAGACUGACGACCAGGUCACCAUCGACUCUGCCAUCGCCACCCAGAAGUACCAUGUCGCUGUUAAAUGUGCCACCAUCACUCCUGAUGAACAAAGAGUAGAAGAGUUCAAACUGAAGAAGAUGUGGAAGAGCCCCAACGGAACCAUCAGGAACAUCCUGGGCGGCACAGUCUUCCGUGAGCCAAUCAUCUGCAAGAACAUUCCCAGGCUUGUUCCAGGUUGGACACAGCCCAUCACCAUUGGCAGACAUGCCUUUGGUGACCAGUACAGAGCAACAGACUUUGUUAUCAGCCAACCAGGCACAUUCAAGAUGGUCUUCUCUCCUACUGAUGGGAGCAAAGGCCAGGAGUGGGAGGUCUACAAGUUCCCCGGAGGUGGCUGUGGAAUGGGCAUGUACAACACAGAUGAGUCUAUUUCAGGCUUUGCACAUAGCUGCUUCCAGUACGCCAUUGGCAAGAAGUGGCCCCUCUAUCUGAGCACCAAGAACACCAUUCUCAAAGCUUAUGAUGGCAGAUUCAAGGACAUCUUUGAGGAAAUCUACCAGGCGAACUACAAGCCAGAGUUUGACAAGCUGAAGAUCUGGUAUGAGCACAGGCUCAUUGAUGACAUGGUUGCCCAGGUGCUGAAGUCCGAUGGUGCCUUCGUGUGGGCCUGCAAGAACUACGAUGGAGACGUACAGUCUGACAUCCUGGCUCAGGGUUUCGGCUCUCUGGGUCUGAUGACGUCAGUGCUGGUAUGUCCCGAUGGUAAGACCAUUGAGGCUGAGGCAGCCCACGGCACAGUGACCAGACACUACCGCGAGCACCAGAAGGGAAACCCAACCAGCACCAAUCCCAUUGCCAGCAUCUUUGCCUGGACCAGAGGGCUUGAGCAUCGGGGUAAACUUGAUGGGAACCCUGACCUGAUCAAGUUCGCCCUGACUCUGGAGAAGGUAUGUGUGGAGACUGUUGAGAGUGGUGUUAUGACUAAGGACCUCGCCGGCUGCAUUCACGGACUUUCCAAAUGCAAGCUGAAUGUACACUACGUCAACACUGAGGACUUCCUGGAUGCCAUCAAGAACAACCUGGACAAAGCCCUGGGCAAAUGAAAGAUUUAAAUUUAGAGUACAGCUAGCCUGCAAAUGACAAAAUGUUGUCAUUCUGUUUUUGUACCUUGUUUUUAAUUUAGGUCAAGAUAGCCACAUGCGUAUUGUCUGAAGGAAGAAGUCAUCUGUAGAGCAUUAUUCAGUGUACCAGAUUAGGUCCUUCUUUUAUUCAGAGCUCUGUUCCAUCUAGCACUCCUUCAACCUUCUUUCCCCAUGUCUCCGAGGUUAUAUUUUUAUGUGAAGUACUGUAUUAUACCUUGGAAGAAACUUGAAGGCGAUGUCAAGAAUAUUUGCUAAUAAAUCUUCCUUGUUGGAUCCUA